AUGGAGAACCUAAACUAUUAUCUUCUUGUCUUACCUUUAGUUUUUUAUAUGAUAUUGAAAUACUUAGUAAUCAAUCCCCGCCAAAAGUCACCACCAAGUCCACUAGCACUACCAAUAAUUGGCCACCUUCACCUUAUCAGGAAUUCCCUCUAUGAAUCAUUAGCUGCACUAUCAUCCCGAUAUGGUCCCAUUUUUUCUAUCAGGUUAGGGUGCAGAUCGUUUGUUGUUGUUUCUUCUCCAUCAGCCAUAGAAGAAUGCUUCACAAAAAACGACAUUGUAUUCGCCAAUCGGCCUCGGUGCAUGGCCGGUGACCUGCUGACAUACAACUAUGUCACCUUGGCAUGGUCACCUUAUGGCCAUUUCUGGAGGAUUCUCCGCCGACUAACUGUUGUUGAACUUUUCUCUUCACAUAGCCUCCAAAAGUCGGCAAACAUACGUGAAGAAGGAAUACAAUCCCUUCUUCGAGUAUUAUUUAAAAGCUCAAAGGAUGGAAUUCAAAGAGUUGAUUUGAACUAUUUGGUUUCUACCCUCGGUUUCAAUGUUAUGAUGAGAGUUAUUGCUGGAAAAUGGUGUGUUGAAGAGGAAAAUCUGAACUCACUUCACAGAAAGAGAGAUGAUUAUAUUAAGAUUUUGAUAGAUGAGGUUAAAGGGACUGGUAUUACGUCUUCUGAUUCCACAAGGGAGAAGAACACUUUGAUUGAAAUCCUGUUGUCUGUUCAAGAAUCGGAACCUGAUGUAUACUCCGAUGAUGUUAUCAAAAGCGUUAUAUUGGUACUGUUUGUGGCAGGAACAGAAACCUCAGCAGCUGCUAUAGAAUGGGCUAUGUCACUACUUUUAGAUCAUCCAGAGGCAUUACAUAGGCUAAGAAAGGAGAUUGACACUAACGUUGGACAUGGGCACUUGUUAAAUGACUCUGAUCUUGCAAAACUUCCAUUUCUGCGUUGUGUUGUAAACGAGAUGCUAAGACUGUACUCUCCAGUGCCACUGCUUUUACCUCACUGUUCAUCCGAAGAUUGCAGUUUAGGGGGGUACAGAAUUCCUAAAGACACAAUCUUGCUGGUGAAUGCUUGGGCCAUGCACAGGGAUCCGAAGGUGUGGGACGAGCCCGAACAAUUCAAGCCAGAGAGAUUUGAGGCAAUAGAAGGGGAAAGAGAAGGCUUCAAAUUUGUGCCUUUUGGAAUGGGAAGGAGAGCCUGCCCUGGAGCCGGUAUGGGUUUGCGAACAGUUUCGCUGGCAUUAGGUGCCUUUGUUCAGUGUUUUGAGUGGGAAAAAGUAGAAAGUGACAACAUGAAAAUGAACUAUAAUUCCAAAGUUACUAUGCAGAAGGCUACACCUCUGGAGGCCAUGUGCAUUCCCCGGCAACAUGCUUUUGAUCUCCUCUCCCAACUCUGCAGUUGUUAAAGGUUGAUAUCCUUAUCAUUGCUAUAAGUAGCUCUUCUCUCCAACCAUUUCCACCAAAAUUAAGCAAUCAAAUACUAAGAGCAUUUGGUGUAUGGUAGGAGAGAUUCUCGUAAAAAUUUGUAUAAUAAU